UCCGUAUUACAAUUUUGCCCAAGAUUAUCCGCCCCGGCACUUCAUUUUCACUUUCACGAGACACAACACAACAAAGACGGCUCAACACGAAGAAGCAGCAGCAGAAGUAGAAGUAGGGGAAGUGGACAGUACGACGUCGUGCAUCAAAGCCCUCUCUCGCCGCCGGAAACUUUCCGAACGUUAGUUCCGUCAUUGAGCACAAUGGAUACACAAUUGUCUAAUGCAUCAAAUCCACAACCUUCCGUGACUGCCAAUAUGGAAACUUCCAAUGUAAACUCCGUGCCAGCACAGGAUGGGCCUUCUAAGCUUUCCACGUGGGCUAAAAGUUUGAAAAUUCCUCAACCAUUCACGGGAUCUCAAGAGGAAGAGAAUUCAGGAAAUGCAGCAAAAUCCACCUUUGCUCGUUUUACUAGUGGGUUUGGAAUGCUUUCAUCUCCAAAGUCACCAACAGAUGAUAAUUCUGAAGGAACUUCAACCACUCCACAAUCUAGCUUUAUUGGGACAUUUACAAAAGGAUUAGUUGACUCUUCCAAGAAUGCAGUGAAAGCUGUAUCUGUCAAGGCUAGACAUGUUGUUUCACAGAACAAACGAAGAUACCAGGAAGGAGGGUUUGAUUUAGAUUUGACAUACAUUACUGAGAAUAUAAUUGCUAUGGGCUUUCCCGCUGGUGAUAUGAGCUCUGGAUUUUUUGGUUAUGUUGAGGGAUUCUAUCGAAACCAUAUGGAAGAAGUGAUUAAGUUCUUUGAGAGCCAUCACAAGGACAAAUACAAAGUAUACAAUCUUUGUUCUGAGAGAUUGUAUGAUGUAUCAUUAUUUGAGGGAAAGGUAGCUAGUUUCCCAUUUGAUGAUCACAAUUGUCCACCAAUUCAACUCAUAAUGUCAUUUUGUCAAAGUGCAUAUUCAUGGUUGAAAGAGGACAUUGAAAAUGUUGUGGUUGUGCACUGCAAGGCAGGAAUGGCAAGGACUGGCUUGAUGAUCUCAAGUCUUCUUCUGUACUUAAAGUUCUUUCCAACAGCAGAGGAAUCUAUUAACUAUUACAACCAGAAAAGGUGUAUGGAUGCAAAAGGCCUUGUUCUGCCAAGUCAGAUUAGGUAUGUCAAGUAUUUUGAACGUAUCUUAAUGUACUUCAAUGGAGAGAACCAGCCUGCUCGUAGGUGCAUGCUUCGGGGAUUCCGACUCCAUAGAUGCCCUUAUUGGAUAAGACCCUCGAUCACAAUCUCUGAUCAUAAUGGUGUGGUUUUUUCAACAAAGAAACAUCCUAGAACUAAGGAUCUUCUGCCUGAAGACUAUUGGUUUAGUGCACCAAAGAAAGGGGUAGUGGUUUUUGCUCUUCCUGGGGAGCCAGGUGUUGCAGAGUUAGCUGGGGAUUUCAAAGUCCAUUUUAACGACCGGCAGGGAGACUUUUACUGCUGGUUAAACACAACAAUGAUUGAGAACAGGAAAAUCCUGAACACGAGUGAUCUUGAUGGUUUUGACAAGAGAAAACUGCCAUCACCUGGUUUCCAAGUGGAAAUUGUGCUUGUCGACUAUGACACUGCUUUUCCAACAAGAUCUCAACCAGAAGUGGCUGUUAGUAGUAAAUCAACUGAUAAUUCAAGUACCAAUCCUGCCUCUGGGUCCAGUCCUCAUUCAGCUGAUGAGCCUGCAGAUGCAAACUCAAACCAAAAAUCAGGGAGCAGUGAGAAGGAUGAUGUAUUUUCGGAUAAUGAGGCCGAGGAAACUGAAAAGCCAAAAGUUGGGAAAGUUACGAUUGCUUCUGAAGGUGUACAAGCCAAAGUCUCUACUUCUGGGAAUAAUACUGGUUCACCUCAAAUCUCAAGUUUAACACAGAAGACGCAACAAGUAUCACUUGGAGAUUCAGGGCUUAAACAUAAUGAGCAGAAGAGGGAUACCACGGUAGGAGCAGCAUCAGUCCCAGAAGUCUCUAACACAGAAGUAAGUGAUUUCAAGAUCAUGGCUGCUGAUGCAUCCGUGUUUACAUUUGGAGAUGAAGAAGAUUACGAAAGUGAAUAAAAAGGCAUGGAAAUGCCAAUUUGUAAAAUGUGUACAUAAAUAGCUUGUGAGCGGCUGUUUAGGGUUCAUACCCCGCUUUCAUUCAGCAUUUCAAAUGUGUUCAUGGCUAAGUAUUCUUAUCAAUCUUGAGCUGGUCCUUGGGAUUGUUAAGGAGUUGCAGUUUGGUUAAUCUCUGUCAAAUCCAUCUUCAGUUAAAAAGCAUAUAUAACACUGUAAUUUUAUGAUUGUUUUCACUUUUCACUAGCAAAAUUUGGUGAUUCAUGUUUAGUAGAGUCAUUUCAGUGUGUGAAGGAAUUAUGAAAUUAUGUUGUUGCAGUGGUGGUGGCAUGAUGUUGAAUAAUUGCAAUCAUCCAAUGAAUGGACAUUUCAACUAUAGUAGUCAUUUUU